AACCAGGGACACUAUGUAUAUCCUGUAUGUCUAUUCAGGGGUUCAUCUACUUCCCUUGCCUUCAGCCCAACCCCCAACUCUUCUGUUUUUCAGCUUGACCUAUAGAAGCUUCCGAGAUGUCCCAGCAGCACACACUGCCAGUGACUGCCCCAGCUGUGGUUCAGGAAUCUCUCAAGACUGUGUGCCUCCCAGCUCACACUCAGCAGGUACAAAUGAAGCAGCCAACCUCACAACCUGAACAAUGCCAGAAGGUAUUUUCUGAGACGGAAGAGAAGCGUUCCUCCAAACAAGAGGAGAAGGGCAUAACCCCUGUGAAGGGGCUGCCUGAGCAAGGGUGUGAGCAGCAGCAGCAGCAGCAGCAGCAGGGACCACAAGAGCAGCAGCUAUCUGUGAAAAAGCCACAGCAGGAGCUGCAGGAGCAGGAACUGCAUCUGGAGAAGCAGCUGCCACCACAGGAGCCACAGGGGCUGCAUCUGGGACAGCAUCAGCAAGAGCCACAAGAGCAAGAAUUGCAUGUGGGACCACAGGGACAGGGGCUGUGCCUGGGACAGCAGCAGCAGCAGCAGCAGCAGCAGCAAGGCACACUGAGACCGCAGGAACUAAGUCUGCGACAGCACCAGAAGGAGAAGCAGCAGGAUCCAGAACUCUACCUGGGUCAGCAGCGGAAAACUGCUGAUGAUCAGGAACUGAUUCCAGGAGAGCAGCAGCCGGAACUGCAGGAGCAGGAACUGCACCAGGGACAGAGGCACCAGGAGCCACAGGAGCAGGAGCUGCCCCUGGGACAGAAGCAGCAGCAACAGGAGCCACAAGAGCAGGAGCUGCAGCUGGGGCAGCACCAGCAGCAACAGGAGGCACAGGAGCUGCAUCUGAGACAGCAUCAGAAACAGAAGCUCUGUGAACCAGAACUUCACCUGGGAAAGCAGCGGGGUCAGGAGCCACCGGAGCCAGAAAUGCACAUGGGAAAACAGCAGCACAAGGAGUCCCAGGAGCCAGAACUGCACCUGGGAAAACAUCAGCAUCAGGAGUCCCAGGAGUCUGAACUGAACCUGGGACAGGACCAGAAACAGAAGCACGAGCCAGAACUGCACCUAGGAAAGCAGCAGCAGCAGCAGCAGGAGACGGAGCAUGAUGGAUAUCAAGGAACACAAAGUCUAGGUCAGUCACUCAAGCGAGAGAAAGCCCCAAGGGAGCAGCAGCUGGAUGACCCGCACCUAGAAAAGGAGAAGGAACUCUUGGACCAGACACUGGAUCAAGACCUGGUAAGGAAAGAUGAGCAGCUGGAGCGGAAGAAUGAACAACUCCCAGAGCACCUGACAGAGCAGGAGAAGCAGACAGAGCAAGUCGUAGCAAGCACUGGCCAAAUCCAAGAGACUCGGACAAUCCUACCAGUGAAAGGAGACAACUUGCUCGCUACAGGGAAACAGAGGCAGAACCAGGAAGUGCAGUGAUGCCAAAACCAGAGCAACCACCCCAGUGCCCCAGAGACUCUCCAACCAUCCCACCUAAGGGAAGAGAGCCAUCCACCACACUUCUUUCAGGCCCCUGGCUUACCCACUCAUCCAUGAAUCUGUCUGGCCCUGACCUUCUUCAUGCCUAUGACAAACUGGGAAACAGGACGUUUAUGGGCCAGCAUCCACCCCAAGGAGCUCAAUCCCUCCCUUAGAUAUCAGAGC